CUCCAUUUUGUUCGCGGACGCUGGGGACGGUGGAAGCAGGUCCAUUUCCGGGUUAGCAAAAGGGGAGGCGGCGGCGGUGAGAAAGAGAGCUCGGCCGGGGGCUAACGGGAGAAGACGAGAGCAGAGCAGAGGUGGCGGAGGACUCGCUCCCGGAGCAGCUGUGACCAGGUAUAUGAGUGACCCAAAGCUGCAAGGGGAGACGGAGAGAGAGCAGUGCCGACUGGGAGCAGGGCAAGGAUGCCGAUCCCGCCGCCCCCGCCGCCCCCGCCUGGCCCACCGCCGCCCACUUUUAAUCAGGCAAACACAGAGCAGCCCAAGCUGAGCAGAGAUGAGCAGCGAGGUCGCAAUGCACUCUUGCAGGACAUCUGCAGAGGGGCCAAGCUGAAGAAGGUGACCAACGUCAGUGACCGGAGUGCACCGGUGCUGGAGAAGCCCAAAGGAAGCUGCGGUGGCGGCGGCUAUGGCUCGGGAGCUGCUGCCCUGCAGCCCAAGGGAGGUCUCUUCCAAGGAGGGGUCCCGAAGCUGCGGCCCGUGGGUGCCAAGGAUGGUGCAGGUAUGUCCCCUGCCGGGCGGAGCCGAGGGAGGAGGAGCAGAGCCCAAGGGAGGCCACGCUCCCCUGGCGUGGGGUCGGAGGCCGGGAACUCAAAGCAGGGAACAGUGGCAGUGCCCGGCUGGCGGGCAGGAGUGGAGCACAGGCCCCCGGUCAAGCCGCCGCCCUCCCCUGUGAACCUCCGCGUGGGACCAAGUGGCCAGUCUCUGGCCCCUCCGCCGCCGCCUUACCGCCAGCCUCCCAGCGUCCCCAAUGGGCCCUCCAGUCCCACUAACGAGUUGGCCCCUGAGCUGCCGCAGAGACACAACUCUUUGCAUAGGAAGACACCGGGGCCUGUGCGGGGCCUCGCACCUCCUCCGCCUGCUUCAGCCUCCCCCUCCUUACUGAGCAGUCGGCCACCUCCCCCAGCCCGGGAGCCUCCUGGCAGGGGGGCAGGUAAGUGUCGGAGCUUACUCCUGCUGGGUCCCUGGAGCAGGAAAAUUCAUGCCCCAUUCCGUGUGUCAGCAGUAAUGGAAGAGUCAAAAAUUCCCCUGGAGCAACUCGUAAGAUGCAUGAUGUAUAGUGCGGGGCGUGCUUCAAGCCCCCGGAGCAGAGGGCCAGGGGCUGGGGUGAUGCCCUGGAGGGGUGCGGAGGUCCCCCCGCCGCCGCAGCCCCUGAGGAAUGGCCACCGGGACUCCAUCGCCACGGUGGUCCGCUCCUUCUUGGAUGACUUUGAGUCUAAGUAUUCCUUCCAUCCUGUAGAAGAUUUUCCAGCUCCAGAAGAAUAUAAACAUUUUCAGAGAAUAUAUCCCAGCAAAACACACCGAGCUGCCCGCGGAGCCCCUCCCCUGCCGCCCGUUCUCAGGUGAAGCCUGGCCGGUCCCGUCCCUCAGGAAAGGACAGACCUGCUCUUCUCAGAUGGCCCCACCCCGAAACCUGCAUGAGCACUCCCGCCCGACUCCAGCGUCCUCUGGCUCGCCUCCAUCUCUGCGUCUGUCCCACACUUGUGACGGCUCUGGUCAGCAGAGGGCUCACAGCUGACUCCCUCUGCCUCCGCCAGCCCUGCUGAGAAGAGGAGAGAGCCCCGCCUCUGCCUUCCUGGGGAGGGUGCCUUGCUGUGGACAGAGCAGCAGGGUGGAGCGGGCGCCAUACGGUCUGCUGUCACCCAGGGCAGGGAGGCGCGGCAGGUGCAUUGUCUGCCCCGGGAGGCUCCACAGCCAGGACUUCUGUGGUGAGGAAGCAUUUACAGUAAAGCAAGGGAGGAGUUCCAAGAGUAGUGAUCUGUUUUAAAGGUCAGGUUUGGAGAAGGUGAGGAAGUGGCUCUGCUUUAUUUCCAGGGGUAUUUUGUUCUGUUCUCACCCCCCCUCUGACCCAGGGCUAAGGUAGUCACCAUCACUAAGUACUAAUCAGCUGACUAAACAUUUAAUCCUCGGAGAGGGUGAAGUAAACUGAGGACCACUUAGAGCCAGUCAGUUCUGCAGCUAAGGGACCAGUGCCAUCUGAGCCCCUGGGACUCCCUGCCUCCUUUCCUUGAGGUGCUGAAGGGUGUUCUCCCCGACCCCAAGCCCUUCUUUUAGGGCACAUGAGUCAUUCCUGUCACAAGCCCCCAAAACCUCUGGUGGGAGAUAGGAAGGUGGGGCCUGGGCCUCCGCCUCUGCCCUGCUUUUUUCUGCCUGGCCCUGCUGCGGCGAGGGCCCUUUGCAUGCUCUUCGGCCCCCGGAGACCAAGGACGCAAGGGUGAAACACCGAGGGCUGCAGGACCUUGGGGCCUCCCUCUUCUGGAACUCUGCUGUCUGCCCGGCAGGAUCUUCCAGCUCCCUGCUGCACCCACCUCACCUUCCAGGCCUGCAGGGCAGCACAGCAGUGUAGGAGCGGGUGAAGUGGGGAGUGGACCCUUGGAGGCUUCAGGGUUCUCUGUGUAGGGUCCACAGACUUCGAGAGGUGUCCCCAGCCCAGGGGUCCACCUGGCAGCCGGUAAUAUGGGUAGUCAGGGCACAGAGAGUGGGGGCUCCAGCUGAGGCUGGAGGGUGGGGCAGCGGCUUUCCCUCCUCCAGGGCAGGCAGCAUGGGCUCUGGGCUCCACAGGCUGAUGGGUCAGCUUGCAGUCUGCCGUGGGAGCAGGGAGGCCAAGCUGUCCUGACCCUUCCUCUGUCGCCAGACACCGUGCAGGCUUACACUGCCGCGGGGACCUUUCGGUUCCGCCAUAGGCCAAGGGUCUGGGCCAGCUCCGCGCAGUGCCAGGCAAGGGAGGGCUCUGGGUUGCAUGUUGGGAGGCCGCCGUCCGUGCCAUCCCCCAGACCACGCUGACUCGGCACACCACGAUUAGCUCUGUCACUGGACUUGUUGACCAUUCUUUGUUUACCACUGUUGUUUUCUCAUCUGUUAGCAGCCAUUCCCAGAAGUGUCCCCAGCAUCUUGAGGCAGGGAGGGCGCAGGAGCUGCCACUGCAGCGAGUCCCAGGGUAGACGCUGGCGAGUGACUGAACUUUGACUGUGAAGUCUUCCCAUUUAUUUUUGAAAUGGGAGUCGAUGCCUUUGUACAAUGUUCUCAAAGUGUGUCUUUUUCCCUUUACUCAAACAUAGAGCAACAAAGUAUCUCAAAUAAAGCCAAACCCCAGCUUUUCAUUGGGGCUGCUACCUUCCUCCUCAUGACCUGCUGGCCCUUGUGUCCCCAGCAUUCAGACUGUGUCACGUAGGUACCCUGUGUUUCCACUGCUGGCCUUCAGACAGUGGCCUGGCCCUGGCCUGAUGGAGUGGAUUUCCUUCAGGACACUGGUGACGCAGUGCUGUUGAAUCAGCUUUGCCUUACACACUGUAUGGUCCCGCUGUGAAUAACAGGUUUAUUAUGUAUGUAUAUUUGCUAUUGAGAUGGGAAUGCAACCUGCGUAGUUACCAGUCGAUUUUGUGUGUUGUACAGAGCUCAUACUACAGGUUCAAGGUGGGGACUAAACUACUCACCUCUGAACCGCUCCUGGGAUCUGUUGGUGGGAGGUCCUCUCUGGGGAAGCUGGCUGGUCUCAUGUUGAGGCUACACCGGUCCCCUUACCUCCCUCGUGCCCUCCUGGGGGAAGUGACAUCGCUCAGCUUAGCGUGGAGAAGCUGUGUGCGCGGCCCUGAUGUCGGCUUGGCUUAUGAUGUUUUUCCCCAGCAGGGAAAACAUGCUUGUCGCUUUCCUUUAAACGUGCUCGGUGCCCUCUCCCCGCUGCGGUCAGUGCACCUGGACCAAAGCACUCAUACUCCAGGCGUGGCUUUCUGUCCCGGGAUCUGCUCCAGCUACAAGCCCCACGCUUCCACAGCUGGGGCAGCAGAGUCGAGCUGCUCCUUCUCCCAGGUUCCCAGCUUGGAGCCCACGUUCACCUCCUGAGAGAGGUGAGGAAAAAGUUGUAAAUAGACUUGCUACAGAGCAACUCAGGGUUGGGGUGUGUGUUCAUUCUCCUGAUGACUUGAAAUAAUCUGUAGGCCACGUGCUCCUGGGGGUGGGGGAGAAGCCCAUCCGGCCCUUCCCGCCUGUAGCGCUGGGGUGAGUGGGCCUGGGCAUCCCUGGACGGCACCCACUGCAGCUCAUUUCCACACAUUCCGCUGUCCUCUGUCUGUCCCUGUCGCCUGCCUCUGCCCUAGAGCCACAGGCUUCCUGUCGAGCCACCCAGAGUUAGGGAAUGGGAGACUGGGAGACGAGAGGACCCCAUGACUCUGCCCUCAAGGUUCCUCUCUUAAAAUGAAACAAACUUAUAAUCACCUUCAAAGCCACAUGCAAAAAAGAAAAAAUGAGAACUGUGUAACCGAAGGGAGGGUUUGGUUCCAUUCAACUCCACGUUCAUUGUGCCUUUAUUUGUGAUAGAUUUCUGUGCUUUCCUCCUCUGCGUCUUUGGAGCAAUUAAAAUCCUCCUUGAUAAGUGCAGUUUCCUCCUUUCCAGUCUUGUUUCUGACACUGGCCGGCUGCUGCUCUCUGUCUUGCACCUCGUUAUGCUGGUGGCAGGGGGUUCUGGCCUUCUCAAGUCUAAUCUGCCCUUUCCUAGUCAACACUGAAUAAAAGAUGAGAGCAGGUGUGUGUGUGUGUGUGUGUGUGUGUGUGUGUGUGUGUCCAGCCAUCCGUCUGCAUGUGGAUCAGUUUCUUUUUUAAAAAAAUAAUUUAUUGUAUGAUUUAUCUUGGAUUUAUAUUCUGACUACAGUGCUCCCUCUCCCAAAUAGCACUGAUUUUUUUUUCUACCCCUAAAAUGUGUAAUCUGGUCUCAGGUUGGAUUCUUUGGUACAUUUCCUCCUUCUGGAAGCCGUGCAGUUUAAUUAAACCUUGCUUUAAAAACCACACA